GUGUGUUACCGUUUUGAUGACGUCAAUAUUCUGCGACCCACCGUUUAUGCGAUACUACACAGAAAUGGCGAGCGGUAAAAAGAGUACGCUGCUGUCGUCUUUAGCGGUCUAUGGAGAUGAUUCGGAGCCCGACUCUGACCCUGAACAAGAAGAAUCAGGGGGGCGUGUAGGAAGCCUUGUAUAUCGCUAUGAUGAGGAUGACCUGAACCAAACCGUGGACCCAGAAGAAAAAGAGUCUGCAGAUGAAGACAGCAGAGAAAACAACUCGGAAGUGGACGAAUCUGACGAGGGGAGGGACGCAGAUGACUUUGAGAUCUCAGAAGCAGAAAAAAAGGACCCCAAGGAGCUAGUUGCUCUGUUUUCAGAAAAGGUGAGAAACAUGUCACCUGACGAGAUCAAGAUCCCCCCCGAACCCCCCGGACGCUGCUCCAGCCAUCUACAGGAGAAGAUUCAUAAGCUGUAUGAGAGGAAGCUCCAUGGAGAUUUUGACACAAACGCCCAUAUCCAGCAAAAGAAGGAAUUUAGAAACCCAAGUAUUUACGAGAAGCUCAUUCAGUUCUGCGCCAUAGAUGAACUGGGAACCAACUACCCAAAAGAUAUGUUCGAUCCUCAUGCCUGGUCGGAAGACUCUUACUAUGAAGCUCUCGCCAAAGCUCAGAAGGUGGAGAUGGACAAACUGGAGAAAGCCAAGAAGGAACGGACCAAGAUUGAGUUUGUCACGGGGACUAAGAAGGGCACCAACCCCUCCAGCACAGCAGCCUCCACCACCAGCAACACCACAACUACAUCCACAGAUGCCCAGAAGAGGAAAAGUAAGUGGGACUCUGCACUCCCUGUGACCCUGGCCCAGCCCACCCUCAUCACAACCACAGCCACGCUGCCCGCCGUCGUCUCUGUGACAACAACAGCAAGCGGUACCAAGACCACCGUCAUCUCCGCAGUGGGUACCAUCUUAAAGAAAGCAAAGCAGUGAGGAUGAUGAACGGGCUGCAGCGUGACCGACGGCCUGUAUUGUGCUGCAGCCGUUAUAUGUGUGAAAAGUGAUGGACACGUUUUCAGAACCAGCCCACAAAUUCUUUCUGCUCCUCGUGGACUCACAAAGACUAAAAACUGCCUUCUAUCUCUGGGAUUGUAUCUGCAAUUAUGGCAUCACAAAGCCAAACUGAGCGCGGGGACAAUACUCCUCUGUAAAUCUGAUGCAUGCAGAUCUUUCUAAACAAGCGACUAUGUCAUUGUGCUUUUUUCUUUUUCUUUAUUUGAUGGCAACAUUUGUUUAUUUAAGACAGGAAAUUGUUGAAACUGUAAAAGGGUCCCUCACAGAACAGAUGUAGUUAAAAUGUCUGAAGUUUAUUUUUCUAUACAUAGUUGUGGUACAGUAUUUUCAUGCCUGCUGUAGCACUCGAUUGUAAUCGUUCUUCUGUAGCACAGUGAAUGACUCUGAGCUGAGAUGUUUGUUUUUGGGUUUUUUUUACUCUUGUACGUAUGUAUUGAUAAGAAGGUGAAUAAAUGGAUGAGAUGUUGCCUUUUCA